AUGCUGCCAUUUUUCAUUAAAAUUUUUCUAAUUUUCGCAUUUUUUGCCAAUAAUGGCUAUUCAAAUUGGAUUGGAAAAUGCGAUUUAUCGGCGCCACCAGCCAGUUGGCUGUCUACAAACGCCACAGGAAUUAUCGAUUGGGCAACCGCCGGCCAACCGACAAAUGGCUCACAUUUUUGCUUAGAGGGUAAUCGCCAACUGAAAACCUUCCAUAAUGCCUAUCAAAUUGAUUUGUGCCAUAAUCAAUUGGAAGUCGUUUCGAGAAACGUCCGAGAUGCCAGCUCGUGCCAAUCUCAGAGCUCCAGAAUCGUCUACUGCUUCUCAUUGUGCUUCAACAAUACAAUGGAAGAUGCUGUCGUUCAAGCAGCUCUGAAAAGUAAUAUUCCUCAAAUUGUCGCCAAUGAUAUUCAAACGACUCUCGAAACUGAUUGGGCGAUCACUGUAAUGCAGGUGGAUUACAACGAUCCGGCGACCCAUUUGAACAUCUCCUCGUUUUUGGACCCCAAUGUCUGGUGUAGUGUUUAUAUUGGAAUCAAACCAAAACUUGGAUUCGACUAUCUUUUCGAAAUUCAAUUGGGAAAGAUUAUCCACUAA